AUGUCUACACCAGCCCAGUGCCCUCCAGGACCCAGCAUGAAGUUGGUCCUACCAGCUUCCUCUCAAGGCACAGCGAGUCGCUGGUACCUUAACCUAGUCCAAAUCUGGCCUCUCAACAACCGCAGCGCGCGUCUCUGCAUCGACCACCUCCACCAGAUCCUCGACACCCUCGCACACGAGCGUCCCGAGACAGCAGGGACAAUCAAGAUCAGUCACGGACAGCACCAGAAGCACCAGGUCGUUCUGGCCAUGACCCCAAAUGAUCGCAUCCCCUUGGAUCUCAAGUAUGCCGGCUUUCCUCCGUCUGCCUUUGUGGGUCCUAGGUUCAAGUUUGACUGCGCGCACAUGAACGAGACUCAUGGAGUCCCGGCAAUGAGGCUCCUAGCCGUCAUUCUCGAGGGAGGAAUAGUGCUCUCCUGGCACUUUCACCAUGCACUAUUCGACGGCGAGGGCAUGCGAGUUGUGUUUAGCAUGAUCGGCUCGAUCGCAGCUGGCAACGGACCUCUUUGCCGCGCACACCACCCAAAGUCGCUCUUUAUGAACUUUGCAGCCGAGCCCGGCGCAGCCGACAAUGCAGUCUUUCCCGAGUACAUGCUGCCGGGAACGCGCGUGUCCCGCCACCUCGGCGACCCAUUCGAUGGCAUCCCCCUCGGCAGCGCAAUCUUCCAGCUCCGCAAGGACGACAUCCAACAGCUGCAAGAGCUCCUGCACAAGACCGCCGGCGGCGGCGACGACUCGUACCCCUCGGCCUGGGCGACCCUCGCCGUGCUGGCCUGGGUUCACACAUCCAAGGCGCGCAGGCGAGCCGAGCAAAAGACGCUGCCACAUGCAGCGCCCGAGACGGCGCAGCUCGCGGUGACCAUGAACUGGAAGAAGCGGGCCAUGUUUGGCGGCCAGAGCCGCGACUACUUUGGCAACGCGAACUUGACCACCAUCACGACGAACCCCGACGGCGGUCGACUCGACGACAGCCCGGCGACCCUGUCCAGGCUCGUCGCGGCCGUGGAGCACACGCUCUCACAGGUUGACGAGAAGGCCGUUUCGGCACGGUACGAGCUGUUUGCCGCACAAGAGGAUCCCCGCGCCGUCAGGACGGCACUCGACCCGGCGAACCGGAACUUUCUGCUGUUCGACGGCACCUGGCAGGGCCACGGCGGUGCAGACAUGGCUCUGGGCGCGGGGCUGGUGCCGGGUCUGCUGGGGGACGGGCGGCCUGCGGCGGUGCGCCGGGCCUCGGCCGGCUGGACCGUGGGCGGGCGGGCGCUCCUGCUGCCGGGCAGGAUCGACUCGCCCGUCCAUGAGCUCAUGGUCAUGCUGCCCAAGGUUUCGCUGAUGGCCCUGUAUCGCGAUGGUGACUGGAUGCGGUGGGUUGACCAGGCGCUUUGGUAG